CCAUGCCUGACCCUGUUCUAAACACAGUGCAACGUCUGAUCACACUGCAAUUGCUUUUUAUUGGGUUCUGACAGUCGUUGCUUGUACGGUUGCACCCACAUAUCCGGACUCAGCCCCACCGCUCCCUCUCACCGCAAGGCACGUCCGCUGAUGCUCUGCUGCCAACGCACCUCCACACUCUCACACACCGCCGAGCGCUCUGAGUGACAUCAGAUCUGCCCACCUCGAUCGACCUCCCCGCAGAACGCCUGUCGUAACCCUCGUCUUCGCCCUCACGGGCACACACCGUCAUGGACGGCCCUCCUCCACCGCCGCCGAAACAUGGCGAGAACCCCAAGACGACAGGAGGUAGCCAUGCUCCCCCCGGCAGUGGAAGUGGCCUACCUCCAGGAAACUACGACAUCUUCAUCAUACCACCUCACUCCUCAGGAGGCGGGUUUGUGUACCUUCCCAGCCUGCAGGUGCAGCGGAACAGUUUCAUAGCGGGCAUAGCCAGCACGCUUGCCAGCAUUGCCGUAUGGAAGAUCAUCGAGCCUCAAGUCAAGCAGUACUGCCAGAUGGUUACCCAGGGUGUGUCAUCAGGCGGAAACGGCGUUAUCCUGCUGGUGGUGCUUGUUGGUAUCGCUGGUUGGGUCUUCGGUCAGACACAAGGCGGAGGCAAGUUCGGUGCUUUUGGAUCAGGCAGUGGACCUCAGAAUGGGACAGGUGCUGGGACAGGUGCUGGAGCAGGAAGCGGUACAUCGGGUGCAGGUGCUGGCUACCAGCGGGCUCCACCACCGCCGAACGGAGGUUUCUCUGGUGCUGGCGGUCCUCCACCGCAGGGUGCCCAGGGGGGGUGGGGAGGAUAUCAACAAUAUGGUGCGUCAUCGCCACCUCCAGACGACGCCGAGUCAACGUUUAAAAAAGAACAGGCCAAAGCUGAGGAGGAGCGCAAGCGCGCUGAGGAGGAGCAGAGGAAGAAGGCUGAGGCGAAACGGAAAGAAGACGAAGCGAAGCGCGCGAAGGAAGAGGCAGAACGCAAGCGAGCAGAAGAGGAGAAGCGGAAGCGAGACGAAGAGGAGAAACGGAAGCGGGACGAAGAGGAGAAACGGAAACGGGACGAAGAGGAGCGCAGGCAAGCAGAGGCGCAUCGUAAACAGGCCGAGGAGGCAAAGCGAAAGCGUGAAGAAGAGGCACGGAGACUUGCUGAGGAGGCAAAGAAGAUAGCAGACGAAGUGGCCCGGAAGGCAGCUUGGGAGGAGCUCAAGAAAGCUGAGGAAGCAAGAAAGAAGCGUGAAGAAGAUGAGAAAGCUAAAGAGGAAGCAGCGAAGCAAGCCCGCGCUAAGGCAGAGAAAGAGAAGUGGGAAAAGAUGAGGCAGCGCGAACGAGAACAGCGCGAGCGUGAAGCACGCGAAAGGCUUGCAAAGGAGAAAGCGAAAAAGCUGCAGGAGCAACGAGAGAAAGAAGACGCCGAACGUGAGGCUCGUGAAGCUGCAGCGAGAGCAGCCAUCGAGAAGGAGAUUAGAGAGAAGCUCGAGGCUGAACAGAAAGCCAAGGCAGCCGAGGAAGCAGCGAAGAAGGCUGAAGACGAGAAGGCCGCCGCAGAGGCUGCUGCAGCAAAGGAGAAAGCUGCUGCUGAAGCUGCUGCCCUCAAGGCGAAGGCCGACGCCGAACGAGCCGAGCGGCUCAAGGCCGCACGAGAGCGAGCCCAGCGCGACCGAGAAGCCCGACUCAAAGCAGAGGCCGAGAAGAUCAAAGCAGAAGCUGCUGCUGCGACACCAGAUCUCAGCGCAGGUCGGAGGUCCACAACAUACGGUGGUAUUGGUGGCGGCGAGCGACUCGACCCAUAUGCAGGUGCUCGGAGCCCGCCCAUUCCGUCACCCUCUGUCACUUCCACACAUUCUUCGCCCAUCAAGGCUACUGUAUCGCCCAAGAAGAACUAUGAGAAGGCCACCGCCAAGUCGUACUUCGGCACUGAGGCACGAUCAAGCGCAUCACGCUCACAUGUGUCAUCUGCAUACUCAGAGUCCUCCUACGCUGAAUCGAUUUCGACUUCGCGAACGACGCCUCCGCCAUCUCAACGAGGACCGUACUCCACAGCUGACCCGAACAAGAUUGUCAUCAAAGCUGUAUAUCUGUUCAAUGAUCUCUUCCCAAAGCCAGUGGCGCAGCUGGUUGCCAGUGUUGGCAAGGUGACCGAUGGGUUGAUACUGAAGAUCCAGUCCGAGGGUCUCUUCAUUGAUGAUGACGUACGCAACAUACCGCAGCGCGAAUGGGAUGUAAAGGCUUGGACGCUGAAGUUGGUUGAGACCGGCACUCAACCUUCGAAAGGUCUACAUAUCCUCCGCGCAUCGGUCCGCGACGCCGAUGGCAAGAAGUAUGUAUUCCUCAUCGAUGACUCCGAGAGCUGGAAGCUUGCGCUCGGCCUGCAACGAUUGCGCAAAGGCAGCCAGGUUCGCAGCUUGCAAAACAGCCAGAUGGCACCGAAUGAUGUGGCAAGGGUAUUGAACGCUGUUCCUCCCCUUACAUGAGCGAGUGGUAUAGUUGGCAGGUGAUGAACAAGAAACAAAAAAAACACAAAGAAGAGUCACAGUCCGCAAUGUUGUCGUGGAUGCGGAAUGUACAUGACCCUCGGUAGUGGGUGCAUUCCUAAUGUGCAUCAGUGCGAUGUUCUUUCUACGAAGCGAGCGAGCAAGCGAUUUGAUGAGAUAUACCCUCUUUUCUCAAAAGCCUUAUCUGCAUCAGCAUAAGCGGCGGAGUUUUGCAUAGUACUUUCGUUUUGAGUAGACGAUGGCUUUGGGAUUUGGCGUUGCUCGUGCGCUGUUUCAGUGGAGUUACAUAUUUGUAGAUAUUGAG